AUGCCACAAUGGGGAGGUGGUGGUGAAGUAUGCCCACGUUGUCAAAAAAACGGCAAUGGCAUUUUGACAUUAUCUAAUUACAAGGAUUUUUCUCAAGAUGUUUAUUGCAGAAGUUGUUAUCAGGACAAACUUCAUCCUCAUGAACGAAAUCGUAAACAAUUAGAAACAAAAUUUAGUAGACAACCUGGUGGUGGUGCUAGUUCAACACCAGCAGCAGCACCUGCUGGUGAAGAAGAAGAAUAA